GAACUAAACAAAGACUACGUUGUUAUAGCGGGAGUGAUUGAGAACUGUACUGGUAGUUAUAGUCGCAGCAGUAGAAGAAGAACAGGGUCCUCCGAUUCCCGCUGCGCCUCCCCAAAAUGCUCACCACCUCCAAACCCUCCCACCCUCACCCGCCCCCUAUUCCAAUCCUCACCAUCAUCGACGGCGCUGACGUCAUCUUCCCUCCACUCCGCCCCAGUUCCGCCGCGAUCGCCCCCCAAAACAUUCCUUCUCCCUCCCAAGCAACCCCCAAACCCGCCGCCUUGAUCGACCUCUCUGACGAACCCUCCGACAACUCCGACGACGAGAUUCGCGUCCUCCGCUUCAAGCCCACCAGAACCCACUUCAAAAGGCGCCGGGUCAACUCGUUUUCCGUAGCCGGGUCGGUGUCCGAACCCGGCCAGUCCUCAUCGGAUUCCCCACUCACCGACUACCCCCCAUUCGUCUGCGAAAUCUGCGCCGACGAAAAGCACGGCUACCAGUCCUUCCCCAUCGAGAAUUGCCGCCACGUGUACUGCUCCGAUUGCGUCAUCAGCUACAUCGACUCCAAGCUCCAAGAGAACGAGCCCACCAUCCGCUGCCCUGUUCCCAACUGCCCGGGCCUCCUCGAACGUGAGUACUGCCGCUCCGUUUUACCCGCCGCGGUGUUCGACCGUUGGGGGAAGGCCAUGUGCGACGCCGUGAUUCUCGGGUCGGAGAAGUUCUACUGUCCGUAUCAGGACUGCUCUGUUUUGAUGAUCAAUGAUGGGGAGGCGGCGGUGAGGGAGUCGCAGUGCCCGCAUUGUUCGAGGAUGUUCUGCGCGCGGUGUAAGGUUGCGUGGCACGUCGGGAUGAAUUGCGCCGUGUUUCAGAGCCUGAGUGCGGAGGAGAGAGGAAAUGAGGAUGUUAUGCUGAGGAACUUGGCGCAGAGCCAGAACUGGAGGAGGUGUCCGAGUUGUAAGUUCUAUGUGGAGAGGAGUUUUGGGUGCUCCUACAUGAAAUGCAGGUGUGGAUAUGCAUUCUGUUACAGUUGUGGAGUGCAGGCUCUAACUCACACGGGUACCUGUCGAAGCUGUCGUAAGUAAUGUUGUAAGUAUUGCUAUGGGAUGAUAUUGUUGCAAAACAAGGGGGUUUUGCUAUUUCUCGUGUUGAUGCACUGGUUGGUCCAUGUAGUGGAUUUAGCAACCACUCUACUUCCUUAAUUUGCAGAUGCGAUGUGAUACUAGAGAACUAGAGGUUUAGUCUUCAUGUUGUGUCAUAGGUGAUACGAGUCAUAUGACAGUGCUUUAGUUGUGCAAGGGAUUUAGAUUAGGGAAGUUUUAGUAGACUUCAUGAAAAUCAAUCCUUUGAGAAAAUUUCUGUUAACAUCAUUUGGUAACUGAGAUCAUAUUUCCAGGGAAUGUAUUUCAAAAGCAAAUUCUCUU